UUAGGGCGCCGGCUGUUGGAAGCGUUGGCUGCCAUCGAGCCGGACAUCAAUGAGCACCAGAGGUCGUACUUGAGAUCGGGUCUGAAGAACUCGUUCAGAGCUGGUCUACACAUACACAAGAAGUACAGAUCAGUACAGCAGUUGAUUCCCUUCGAAGACUACUAUACCAUACGGAGCGCUCAGUCGGCGUGGGGUUAUUUCAUAGCGUUGGCCGAAUACAGUGUCGAGUACUCAAUACCGCAAACCUUACGCUUCAACGAAUAUGUGCUCCGCUUUUACGAGACAUCCGUACGGCUGGGACUGGCGGUGGAGGACUACUUCACGGCCCGCAGCAAACUGGCCACCAAUGACCCGACCAAUGGUGUCCUGUCCUACGCGCACACCAACCGGUGUUCAGUACAGUCGGCUCUCGAUUACUACCGGCGAUGUAUCGAUGAGUUGGACACAGAGUGUAAAUCACUGGUGAGUGCCAUACGGGCCGACCCGGAGCUCUGUACCAAAGGUCUGGACAAUUAUAUCGGGUGCGUUGUGGACACGCCGGCAAUGUUUCAACAAUUAAGUGGCCAUUUGUUUGACUUUCACUAUAAGGACGGCUAUAUUUAUAGCCCGGUGUGGGAAAGGCUUAAUGAAAGUGUGGUCAAAAAUUAUCAUGUUUAA